UCUGACGUCGCGGGCCGUUUGCGUCACGAGGGCGACGGCCUGGGUUCCCGGAAGCGGCGAGCGAAGGCCGUCGGUGGGGCCGAUGAGGGGCCGCCUCUUGCGGGCCUGGCGGGGCGGGUGGAACCGCGGGCGGGGCCGGGCGACGGUGGCCGCCGGCGAGGCCCAGAGGCGGGAGAAGCCCCCCUGGAGGGUCCUCUUCUUCGGCACCGACAGCUUCGCGGCCGAGACCCUCCGAGCGCUCCGGGCUGCCCGAGAGCCAGGACUGGAUCCGCUUGUCGAUCGCCUGGAGGUGGUGACCUUACCGUCUCAGCUGCCGAAGGGCCAUUCUGUCAAGAACUACGCGGAGCAGUUUCAGCUCCCCGUCCACCUCUGGCCAGAUAUCGGGCAUUGCGAGCACUUUGACGUGGGCGUGGUGGCAUCGUUUGGGCGACUGCUGAGCGAGGACCUCAUCCUGAAAUUCCCCUAUGGUGUGCUGAACGUCCAUCCCAGCUGCCUUCCGCGGUGGCGUGGCCCUGCACCAAUAAUCCACACAGUGCUUCACGGCGAUACCGUUACCGGGGUGACAAUUAUGCAGAUUAGGCCUAAAAGGUUCGAUGUAGGUCCCAUUAUCAAACAGGAACGCUUUGCCGUACCGGCCUGCUGCUCAGCGAAAGAACUGGAGUCGCUGUUGUCUAAACUGGGUGCAAAAAUGCUCAUUGCAGUCCUUCAGGAUUUACCCGAAUGCUUACAGAAUAAGAAAGAACAACCAAAGGAAGGAGUGACGCUGGCUCCGAAAGUCACUGUCUCGAUGAGCUACGUCCAGUGGGAAGAACAAACCUCGGAGCAAGUCCUACGGAUGCAUCGUGCCCUGGGAGCCAUGAUGCCCCUGCAGACCCUCUGGAUGGACACCGUUAUCAAGUUGCUGGAUUUGGUGGAAGUGGACGCUGGCCUUCUCGGUAGGUUAGCGACUGAACCUGGAUCAAGCCCUGGAUCGGUGAUCUAUCAUAAGCAGUCGCAGACACUGAUGGUCCGUUGCAAGGAAGGCUGGGUCGGCGUCAAAGCCCUCGUUCUGAAGAAGAAGCUGACGGCCGCCGACUUUUACAACGGCUACCUGCAUCCGUGGUUUCAGCAGGAUUCCAAGAUGCCUUCGGGGGAGUGCAGGUUCCAAACGCUGAAGCCGCCCGCGGCGAAAAAGAGUCCCGAAGGCACAGGGCUCCACGCGCACAACAGGCACCGCUGACGGGGCAAAGGCUUCCUGGCUGGAGGACUCGGACGAUUGUUCAGUCUGGCAAGACGGGACUCUGGGAUUUUCCCCGUUGGGCCUGCACCUGAAAUACAGUGCUGGUGAAUCACUGCAUAGCCAUCCAACACACUCGACAACUAUAAUAGGGGAAGGGUGGAAGAAGCACCGGAGGUGUGCACGAUUGCUCUGGGUCUGCUUUCGGAGUUCAGGCUAGCCGAGAGCCCCGGGGGAUGAAUUCUGGGGUGCUUGGAAAUUGACCGUUUUCUCAGCUUCCCACGGUGGGUUUUCUAGCAGCCCAAUCCUGAAGAAACUGUGUGUUCUGUUGCAUUAAAAGUGCAGAACUGCAAAGUUACUAAUGCAGCAGUUGCACCCGUACGGUAUUACUGAGCAAUAAAUUAUUUUUGUACAUA